CACCGCUAGUUGGCGGUAGGUUGAUAUGUCAGCAGCGGUAAAACCCGCGAAGAAGAAGUUAGCCUCGGCUAGCGCAGCACAAUUUUGUAGUUCAUUGAGCGAAAAAUAAAUCUGCCAUGGAUAAAAAGAAGAAACCUUUCGACGUGACCGCUUCAUCUUUAGUGGACCUCAAAGCUGAACUUUACAGGAAGCAGGAACAAUUCAAACAGGAGAAACUUGGACAAGAAAAUGCUGGUGCUGGAUUCAAAUCGGCCAAAGUCAAGAAACCUAAUGUGUGGAGUAAACAAAACGCUGGCGUUUCAGCAAGAGCUGAGAAAGAUGCAGAGCAGCUGUCUGAAGAGCAGAGAAGCCUGGACACGUCAAGACGCAAAUUGGAGGAAAAAGCCAAACUUUAUGAGCAGAUGACAAAAGGAGACUUUCCAGACGAGGAAACGGAGGGACUGUUCCUGGUUGAUUUCACACAGAAGAUUAUUGACAAGAAAAGACAAACUUUUGCACAACAGGAAACGGAGAGAGAUGAUGAGGACAGAGGCAGCUUGUCACCUAUACCUGCUCCACAGCAUCCAGAUGAGGAAUGGGUGGAUUAUGUGGACGCUCUGGGCCGAUCUCGAAGAUGCAUGAAGAAAGACCUACCAGACUUUAGGAAAAUGGAUCAAGAUCUUCAUGGACAAGGGAAAUCCUCAUCUGACAAGACCUUGCUCUCGGAGGACAUGCGUCGCGAAUUGCAGAGACAGGAGUGGGAGAGGGAGGAAGAGGAGGCUAUGAAGAAGCCAGUCGGACCAAUCCACUAUGAGAAUAUCAGAGCACAAGAGGCUCGAGAGCUUGGUGUUGGCUACUUUGCAUUCUCUCAUGAUGAAGAGCAGCGCAGAAAGCAGAGGGAAACUCUAGAUAUGCUAAGAGAUCAGACUACAGACCAGCGCACUAAGAGAGAACGUCUGAAAGAGAAGAGGCAGGCGAUUCUGAAGGCUCGACUGGCCAAGGUGAGGCAGAGGAAAAUGAAGAAUGCCAAGUUGGACGGCACUGAGCAAGAAGAACAAGAGGAGGAGAUGGAAGAGCAAGAAGAGGAGGCUGAAAUAGGAGGCAUUGCACCACUGCCUGAAGAAUGUCCUGAGGUCAGCACACUUAAAAAGGUGGAGGUAGAGAUCCAGGAGAGGAGGGACACUAGACCAGGAGUUCCUCAUGUCAGAGAAUGGGACAGAGGCAAAGAGUUCAUGUUCACUGAGUGGAAAUCGCGUCGAAGGGACGAGCGAGAGUCCGAAUUUGCACCUCCUUCUGCAUAUUUUAAUGAUGAGAGGAGACGACCAGGGAAGAGUAAAACUCAUGAGAGUAAAUCUAAAAUGUCCUUCCCGUGGACAAAGGGUCCAGAUGUAAGCUCUGAAAGCCAAGAGGAAACACAAGCCCCACCUACUACUACUACUACUCCUUCACCUCUACAACAAAAGCCUCCACCUCCUUCACCUCCAGAAACCGCACCGCAGGCAGCACCACCUGUCCCCCCAGCUGCUCCUGUGUCUGCUCCUCCCUUCAUUCCUCAUUAUGCACCCCCUCCUCCUACUCCUCUUUUUUAUCCCAUGUUUCCUCCUCCACAUCCUUCUUCCUUUGGAUGUCCACCUCGCCUUCCUCCUCCUCACUUUGCUCCACAGUACCCUUACCAGUAUCCAGCCCAGUAUCCACCCCAGCAGCAGAGCCAGGUACAGCCUCAACAGGUCCCUCAGCCUGCAGAGCAGAGUGGAGCUGAGCAGCCAUCUCAGAGUCUGGAUGACAUGCUGUCCUUCUACAGGAACUCUACCUGAUUAUUGAAAAGUGAUUGGAGUAUAGUUUAGAUUGUGUGUAAAUACUGCUUGUUCCUUUUACUGAUCAACCAGAUUUAUGCUUUCUGAUCUUUUUGAUGAAUUAAAGAAAGUUAGGAUGAGUAAAAUGUUAUGUCACUUCUAAAAACGGGUUACUGCUCAUUUCAAGCCUCUAAUUUGCAAAGGUAUAAAAUAGAAAAACUUAUCUAAUCAGCAUUAGUUGCAAUAUGAAAACGCCCACAUGAUGGUGGUGUUUGCUGAGGUGACGAUGAGCAGACUGGUCAUCGUUAGGAGGAGGAGGCCAGGUCUCUUCCAAUUACUGCACAUAAUGCAAUUUGAAUUAUUUGAAUGACGUUUGAUAAGCUUGUCAGCAACAAUAUGCGCUUUUAAUAAUAAUUCUUGGCUGCACGUCCCAGUCUGAGCUCUUCAAUCAUCUGUUACUGUACUGGUUGUGAGAUUCAUACAAUAUUAUACAGUGGGGAAACAUAGUGGUAACACUAAGGCGAAUUGAUAACUCCAAAUUAUGAUGACCAGGCUGUUGCAGUACAAAGGACUAUAUUUCUAGUGUAUUACAUCAGUUUAAAGGGGCCACAUGCACAGAAAACUGUUUGACUCAGAGACCUGAAACAGGAAACAGGAGGGGAGUCCUUCAGAGCCAUGAUUAAUAGAGUCUGGGUCUCUACCUUGACCAGAGAUCAAAGACCUGAUCACCCCAAUAACCUCUUAAUUUGAUAUUUAUCUUGAUUUCUGUCUCUUCUGUUUCCUCUCGGGCAGAAGAGCAGUUAGUCUGGCACACAGUGUUUUGUGAAUCUGCAGUGUGACAAGGUGCUUCUUCCUGCUGACCCGCCAAGCUUUCCUUUGUUCUGCAGUGUCCUCUCAGUCUGCAUAGACUGAUUUGUUUUGGGACAUACACACUCAGACACAUUCAGCACUGUAGUACUAGAUACAAGUUCAUGUCUAGUAGGCGUUCAAACUCUGUCUGUAAACAUCUGUCUGCAUCAGUGAAGCUAAUGUCUUGAAGAAGGCUGUUUAAUUUGUAUCACAAUAAAUGUGUACAUGGCCUUUUUGUGGAUGCAUUGAACAACCAGUAGCUGCAGUUCCCUGUGAAACACCUACAGUAAUGUACAGCCUGUGGACCAGUGGGUGAGACUGAAGAAAAAAUAUGCAUCUUCUCAGCCUCCUUUUUCCUGCUGACUCAUCACAUUGGUACACAUUAC